AAAACAGCCAAGCAGAUGAUGCUUUGCUUUUUGCAGUAUUCUGGGGUUUAACUUACCCAAUACUUGAGCACUAUUACUCCACAGCCAUAUUUUGCUCUCUAGGGCUCCAAGAGGAGUAUACCCAUUUGAGUUCAGGAAGAGAGUGUGGCUAAUCUGAGCUGAGAUGUUAAAUUUCUUGAUAAGAAAAGAUCUUAGGAAGAUUCUCAAGCGCAAAGACAGCGAUGCGGGCGAAAAAGGAAGAGCACUCGAAGAGUUAAGAGCAUCUCUUUUUAAUGAGUUUCGCUCCUCUGAAGGUGCAAAGCGCCAACAACAGCGUAUUUGUGGUCCUGCUGUUGCGCUUUCCUUCAAUUUUCUGGUUGCAGUUGGUAUUAUUUUCAUGAACAAAAUGGUACUUCAAACCAUUAAUUUCAGAUUUCCAAUUUUUCUCACACUAAUUCACUAUCUAGUGAGCUGGUUCUUCAUGGCUGUAUUAAAAACGUUUUCUCUCCUCCCGGCACCUCCUUCCUCAAAAUCAACUCAAAUGUCAAGUUUAUUUACUCUUGGAUUUGUCAUGUCUCUAUCAACUGGCCUUGCUAAUGUCAGCUUAAAGUAUAAUAGCAUUGGUUUCUAUCAGAUGGCAAAGAUUGCAGUAACACCGUCAAUAGUUCUGGCUGAAUUUAUACUGUAUAGGAAGAGAGUUUCUAUGGCCAAGGCUUUAGCACUCACUGUGGUAUCUAUUGGUGUUGCUGUGGCCACUGUGACUGAUCUGCAGUUCCAUGUAUUUGGCGCUUGUGUAGCAUUGGCUUGGAUUAUACCUAGUGCUGUGAACAAAAUCCUUUGGUCCAGACUGCAGCAGCAAGAGAACUGGACUGCUCUGGCGUUGAUGUGGAAAACAACACCUAUUACUUUGAUUUUCCUGGCUGCUAUGUUACCUUGCUUAGAUCCUCCAGGUGUGCUUUCCUUCAAUUGGAACUUCCAAAACACACUGGUGAUUUUUGCAUCAGCUAUUCUUGGGUUCUUGCUUCAGUGGUCUGGUGCUUUAGCACUUGGUGCCACAUCAGCUAUCUCGCAUGUUGUUCUUGGGCAGUUUAAAACCUGUGUCCUCCUUCUGGGAAAUUACUAUCUCUUUGGAGCCAAUCCUGGCAAAACCAGUAUCUGCGGGGCAUUUACAGCGAUUUCUGGCAUGUCUGUUUACACUUACCUUAACCUGAAGCCCCAAUCAAGCAAGGUGUCUCCAUGGCAGGCAUCAGCUUUACCAAAAUCAAAACUUGGCAAAGAAAACGGCAACUCCAAACUCGGCAAAGAAAAUGGCAACUCCAUUCAUGACGGACAUUACGGUGCAGAAUCUGUCUAACAAGAAAGCCUAACACUGCAUUACAUGAGGUAAUGGAUUAUGACAUAUUAAGGUAUUAACCAAGAACAAUUCAUUCUUUCUUUCGGAUUCCUAGGAUUGUCUCUAACCAUUUUCAGUGUUUGCUAAAAAGAUAUGUUUAUUUGUAUGAAUCAACACCAGUUGUAUAAAUUGAUGUUUUGGUGGAUCCUGCACUAAAGUUAUGGUUCUCUCUGGUUUUCAGUAUUUGAUAUUGUUUCUGCAUCUUCUUAACAGAGAUCAGAAUCUCGGCAGUUGUGAUCCAAUUUGAUGAUUAUAAAAAUAGGAAGACGUUAUUCACAUGAUGCCUUUGGUGUUUCUUUUUCUUUGGGGUUUGAGUCAUGGAAUAAAUUGAAAAGUGUGAAGCUUCAGAGAAGUAGAGUGCAAUGACUUAACUGGGAAAAAAUCCACAAAUAUAAUGUUAGUGUAAUAUUGUUCAAAUUCAAAUUUUCUAAUUCAACAAUUUAGCAAACGUGUUUAUUUGUAUCCUCUCAGUUCAUUAAAUUUGGGUUUUUUUUUAUAAAAAAAAACUAUGUAUAUUUGUAGAUGUAAAAUUUUAUAGGUAGCUAUAUUAUUUAUAAGUCAUGUAUUGUACAUUCUAAUUCAUCCAAUACAUUAGGAUGAGACAAAAUUAAGAAGACAGAGCAUUGUUCUUUUUC